AUGACCAAUUUCGAAGGCCAGCCUGCCUAUGGUCGAGAAGGACCUAGAAACCCGGCUCAAUCAUACCAAGUUCCUCAUGCAGAAAACCCUGGUAACCUGGUAAACCAGGGGCACCAGGUCACUGAUGGCCAGGAUGCACAAAAUCAUCAAGCACAUGCUGACGGUCAGGAGGGCCGGGUUAUAGCUCAGUAUCAACCGGAUCUUCAAAACAUCCGAGGACGAGUAGAACCUGGCAGAUAUAGGAGGAAGUACAGCAGGGGGCAGUAUAAUAAUAGCUCAUUCACUACUGAAAUAUUAAAUGUUGUCUUCCCAGAGGACUUUGACUCGGCAUGUUUACCGAAAUAUGAUGGGAGCCAAGAUCCGCAGGUGCACAUAGAUGCCUUUGACACGGACAUGUAUAUUCGGGGAAUUGAUGAACCUCUCAUAUCCCGAAUAUUUGCUGUAACAUUGACGGGGGCAGCACAGGCAUGGUUUUCAACCUUGCCUGCUAAUUCCAUCGGAUCCUUUGAGGAGUUCGGACAGAAGUUCCUGUUGAAUUUUGCAACCAGCAAGAAGCAUCCAAAGUCCGAGUUCGCUCUUAGAAAGAUACGACAGCAACCUGGAGAAACCCUCCAAAAAUACCUUAACUGGUUCAAGGACACUGCACUGCAGGUCCCAGGGUUGCAGGAGAAUGUCCACGUCCAUCUCAUUGUCGCAGGUCUGGAUGGUGGAUCCAGACUCGCCAAGUCGGUCUAUAAGGACCCAGUAAAGACAUUGGAGGAGUUUAGAACUCGCUCGAAGAAAUACCUUGAACUAGAGCAAAUGGAGAUUGCAAAUGCGCAAGCUGAUGAAGUCAACAGAACAAGCCCGAGAAGGAGGAGUCCACCCCUGAAGGGAAAAGAACGAGUUGACAGUAAGAAGAAGGAUCAGCGCCAACGAAUCCCGGACAUGAGAGAACGCAUUGGAAGGUACGAUAAGUAUACACCCUUGAAUGCGUCGCGCUCUCAAAUUUGGAGAGAAGUAGCCACGACAGAGAUGAAAAAGGUGGAGAGACCUCGUCCCAUAUUUGACAAAGGAGGAUUAGAUAAGUCCAAAUACUGUGCCUUUCAUGAUGGGCCAGGCCACACCACUGAUCAGUGCUGGGAUCUCCGAGACGCGGUGGAAAAGUUUGUAAGAGACGGUAGAUUACGUCAAUAUGUGAUAAAAACUCAAGGUUCCAAAAAGAACAAAAGGAAGUUGGAAAACAGGAACCGAAGCAAAAGCCCCGUUACUGACAAGAAGAACAGACAAGAUAAGAAUCAGAAAAAUGAUUCCAACUAUGAUGAAUUCCCUGAAGCGAAAUUUGAUUGUAAUGUAAUUAGUGGAGCUUUGGGAGGUGGAAGAGAUACUGUAAGUGCUAGAAGAAAGUACUUGAAAGAGGUACUCUCCAUUCGUGAUCGUCCCAAGUUUAAAGAAGACUCAACCAAGCCAGAUCCACCUCUGUUAUACUUUACCAAGGAGGACAUGCGCGGGGUGCUGCCCAGUCAUGUUGACGGACUGGUAAUCGCAGGGACCCUGGUAAACUGCCGGGUCAGGAAGAUUUUCGUGGAUGCAGGAAGUUGUGCUGACAUCAUACUCUGGGAUGCUUUUAAGAAGAUGAACCUGGAUGAAGAGGACCUCAAACCUUGCAGAACGACGUUGGUAGCCUUUAACGGAGAACAUACGCCUCCUAAAGGUUACAUUGAUCUCAGGUUAACCCUGGGAACAAAAGAAGCGUUCAGAUCGGAACAGGUUAGGUUCAUAGUGGCUGACUUCCCAUCAGAAUACAACAUAAUGCUGGGAAGACCAACUAUACAUCACUGGGACAUGCUGGUUUCUAUAAAACACCAGAAGUUAAAAAUAGUGAGCAAUAAGAAUGAAAUAAUCACUGUUUGUGGAGAUCAGAAGGAAUCCAGAGGUUGUUACUUUGAUACUAUUAAAGAAAAUGAAGGGGGACGUUCGAGCCCACCCCGAAUUUAUGGACCCAUAUGA